UAGCCUAAAAAUUUCCAACAUGCCAAAGAACCUUCAAAAAUCCCUUCAAAGUUACCUCUCCAAAAUCAAAAGCACUCGUCCAUCAAAACUCUAUAUGCCCUCUAAGAGAUGGAUUCAUCUCAAAAUCAAAGGUUGCAAACAUCCUAGAACUCCUUCUUUAUCCUUUGAUGACAAAAACAAGAACAACGACGAUGAAGCCACACUAGAGGACAUUGAUCGCUUUCUCUUCGAAAAUUUCAAGUCUUUAUACCUCGAAGAUCUCGAAGAAACCAAUUGUAACAACAAAACCAAAAAGGUCGUCUCAUCACAAAAAGAAGAUGAUGAAGAAGAAGAAGAAGAAGAAUUUCGUGAAAAAAAACCUAAAAAAUCUAGUCGCAUAUUGUUUGAUUCAUCCGAGGAUGGAUCUAACAGAUUCUUUUUGAGACGUGGCUUUUCCUGCUCCAUGAUCGACACAACAUCAACAACAACAACAAACACAUGUGAAGAAAUAGGAUCAAGCUCAAACUCAUCAACUUCAAAAAGCUUCAACAAUGAUUCAUUUUCGAAGGAGCAUCACAUGAAUCUUCCUAAUAAUUGUGUUGUUGUGUUGGCAAGUUCGCCGAAUCCUUACGAUGACUUUCGAAGAUCUAUGGAAGGAAUGAUGGAUGUUGGGAUGAGGAACAAUGAAAAGGUGGAUUGGGAUUUCAUGGAAGAGCUUUUAUUUUGUCAUUUAAACUUAAACGAUAAGAAAUCAUAUAAAUUUAUAUUAAAUGCUUUUUGUGACUUGGUCGCCGACAUGGGGGGGAGUUCGGAGACAAAUCCGGCGAAGCCGCGAAGCGUUCGAACCAUAAGGACGAGAGGGAGGUGAGGAAGAAGACUAAAGAAGUAAUGUUAGAGUUUGAAGGUUCGAGAUAAUGAGAAAAAAAAUUAGAAGAAUAAUUUGCUUAACAUGUAUUAUGAUUAGGACG